UAAAUUAUUUAAAAUAUUUUGUAACAGGAGAUAAUGACUACUUUACAAGCUUAUGUUAUUGCCGAGUUUCACGACGGUAUACAAAUAAUUCCUAAAUCGUGGAUCAAUGAUGAUGUAACAAAAGUUCGUUGGCCAUUAUUUUCUUCACAAAAACGAUUUGACAAAGCAGUCAAAGAAAUGGAAAAGUGGCAAGAGUCAUGGCCUGAAUUUCCAUUAAAGGGAAUUAUAGGAAGCACGUCAUCGUACGAGAAAGCUCGGCAAAAACUGAGAGAUGCUGAAAUUUUCUCAGACAUACCUUCGGGUUCUGACAGAGACGAAAUUUUAAAACGUUCGAGGAAAACAAGGGCCAAGUAUGUUCGAAGCACCAACGAAGAAACCGAAUCAGAAGACGAACGAAUAAUAAAGACUCCACAGUUUCCUAAAUUUCCGGAAAAGAAUUUGACCAAAAAUAUAAAAACUAAUGAAAUAAAGAAAGGAAAUGAAGUAGCUUCUCUUAAACUGUGUAAGGAAAACAUAUUAAUGCGUACAUCUAGUGCUAAGUUGUCUUCUAAAAUUCAAAAGGGCGGCGAGGUGGUAGAAAAUGAAAAUGGAAGAAAACUUGUAGAAGUAGUGAAAAAGGUUGUGAAAAAUGUGCCAAGUACACUAAAAUCUGAUUCUGAGAUGAGCGGUUUUCUUGAGAUCUUUUCAGAGGACGAAGGACUUGUUAACUCAUUGAAUCAUACGGAAUCUAGUGCCAUCGGCAAAGAGAAAGAAAAUAAUUACCAAAGAUUUAUUGUUCGGAAAUUAAUUUCUCUGCAUUUACAAGUGAAAGCUUUAAGAGAAGGGCAAGAAAAAAUUUUACAAAAAUUCGAGUCCUUUUCGGAACAACAAACUCGCCAAUUUCAAAGUUCCGAAGAAAUUGAAACUAUUGACAUUUGGUGUAAUCUUCCACUGAAAGAUGAAAGGAGUCUACAAGAAUUAGAAAUUAAGCUUAAGGAGGACGAAAAUUAUAGGAAAAAAAUGAUUAAGGAGUUUGCAAAUUUAGGAGGCCAAAAUGUGAAAACUUCAGCUUUAAAACUAAUGCGGAAAAUAUUUACAAACGAACUCGCCGUUCAAUAUAGCUGGGUCGGAGGCAAAAAGAAAAAUAUUUUUGUGGACUUAAUGAUAUGCAAAGUUAUACUUAGUGCGUUGAGAAAACAUUAUCAAAAUUCCACGGAGGAAGAACUGUCAGCUCCGAUAAAAAUUUGGCUCGCUCACGCCAAAGAGCGAUGUUCAAAAGCUACGCUUAACACGCAGAAUUAAUUUUGUUUUUUUUUCGCAAUUUUUUUGUUACGCUGUUUCCAAAGUGUAUACUCCCGAGAAAACUGUAUUCUCAGGGAAUUUUAUUAUUUUAUAUAAGUUAUAUAAAAUAAUAAAAUUUCUCGUAUAUUUUAUAUAAAUUAUAUAAAAUAUUUGAUUAUAUUAA